GCAUCUGGACUGAGACCACUGGGCGGGUGGAUGGGGAAGGCAGGCUGGAGGGACACGAGGAGUUGUGCAAAGAUUCGGAAUGAGAGCCAGGGAUUUUGAGGCCCGGCCGAGGCUCCAAGCUCCGCCCCUUCACUCCAGACCCCACCCAUAGGUUCCCGGGUCCCGCGUCGCGAUCCCAGUGGGGCGGGGUCUCAGAGGAAUCGGAGGGUGACUCAUCACGUGACUCGCUCCGGCCGCAGCCCCCUCGGAAGCUGCUAGGCGGAAGUAGAAGUUCAGAAGAGGGCUAGGCGGAGCCGAGCCCACAUCCGGGAGAGGAGAGCGGAAGUGGCGUUGGUCUGGCCGGAGCCCUUGGGUGAAAUUGUUAGGCGUGGAGAGGGAGUGAUGUCUUCCAGACUCGGUGCUGUACCCGCCACUUCGGGACCCACAACCUUUAAGCAGCAGAGGAGCACGAGGAUCGUGGGAGCUAAGAAUAGCAGGACCCAGUGCUCCAUAAAGGAUAAUAGUUUCCAGUACACUAUCCCUCAUGAUGACUCCUUAAGUGGUUCAUCGUCUGCAUCUUCGUGUGAACCAGUGAGUGAUUUUCCAGCAUCUUUCCGAAAAUCUACCUACUGGAUGAAGAUGAGAAGAAUCAAGCCAGCUGCUACUUCUCAUGUCGAAGGGUCAGGUGGAGUAUCAGCCAAGGGGAAAAGGAAACCCAGGCAGGAAGAAGAUGAAGACUAUCGAGAAUUUCCUCAGAAGAAGCAUAAGCUUUAUGGGAGGAAGCAACGGCCUAAAACUCAGCCCAAUCCCAAAUCCCAGGCCCGUCGUAUUCGGAAGGAACCACCAGUUUAUGCAGCAGGCAGUUUGGAGGAGCAAUGGUACUUAGAAAUCGUUGAUAAAGGCAGUGUCUCCUGCCCUACCUGCCAGGCAGUGGGGAGGAAGACGAUAGAGGGUUUAAAGAAACACAUGGAAAACUGCAAGCAGGAAAUGUUUACUUGUCAUCACUGUGGGAAACAACUUCGUUCACUGGCAGGGAUGAAGUAUCAUGUCAUGGCAAAUCAUAAUAGUUUGCCCAUUUUGAAAGCCGGAGAUGAAAUAGAUGAGCCAAGUGAGAGGGAAAGGCUCCGAACAGUUCUAAAGAGACUGGGAAAGCUCAGGUGCAUGCGUGAGAGUUGCUCCAGUAGCUUCACCAGCAUCAUGGGAUAUCUCUACCAUGUCAGAAAAUGUGGCAAAGGGGCUGCAGAGCUGGAAAAGAUGACCCUGAAAUGUCACCACUGUGGAAAACCAUAUAGGUCGAAGGCUGGACUUGCGUAUCACCUGAGGUCAGAGCAUGGGCCUAUAUCCUUCUUUCCAGAGUCAGGACAGCCAGAGUGCUUAAAGGAGAUGAACCUAGAGUCAAAGAGUGGGGGCCGAGUUCAGAGACGUUCUGCCAAGAUAGCUGUAUACCACCUGCAGGAGCUGGCCUCUGCUGAACUGGCCAAGGAAUGGCCCAAGAGGAAGGUGCUUCAGGACCUGGUACCUGAUGAUCGAAAGUUAAAAUAUACUCGUCCAGGGCUACCUACCUUCAGCCAGGAAGUACUACAUAAAUGGAAGACAGAUAUCAAGAAAUAUCAUCGUAUUCAGUGUCCUAACCAGGGCUGUGAGGCUGUCUACAGUAGUGUAUCUGGCCUUAAAGCUCACCUGGGCUCUUGUACAUUGGGAAACUUUGUGGCUGGAAAAUACAAAUGUCUUCUAUGUCAGAAAGAAUUUGUGUCAGAGAGUGGUGUCAAGUAUCACAUCAACUCUGUCCAUGCUGAGGACUGGUUCGUUGUAAACCCAACAACAACCAAAAGCUUUGAAAAGCUGAUGAAGAUAAAGCAGCGGCAGCAAGAAGAAGAAAAGCGGAGGCAGCAGCACAGGAGCAGAAGGUCUCUAAGAAGGCGGCAGCAGCCUGGCAUUGAGCUUCCCGAGACAGAGCUGAGUCUUAGAGUAGGGAAGGAUCAGAGGAGGAAUAAUGAGGAACUGGUAGUGUCAGCCUCCUGUAAGGAACCAGAGCAGGAGCCAGUGCCAGCACAGUUCCAGAAAGUAAAGCCCCCAAAGACUAAUCAUAAACGAGGAAGGAAAUAGGCAGUCAGUGUAAAAGUGCUCCUAGGAAAGCAGAUGUGAUGCUGUUGUCACGGGGACCUGUGCUGGGAGGACUGAGUGAAGAUUCUUUCAGCUGUUUGUGUAAGGCUGUGACUUUCUCAGCUCCUUCCUCCUGUGUAAAUUUCACUGUCUUCCCUUCUUACACUUUGAUUCCCCCCUCCCCUUUUAGUAGGUUUUCCUGCUAUUCCUCGUCAAGUCCUCUUGUUUUUUUAUCUUGCCCAAAGAGCUCCCUCUCAAGGCCAACUAUAGGCUCCUCUUGCCCUGUACAAAACUAAGAAACCUCUUUGGUUGUCCUUUCCUUCCUGGGGUAUAGAAUGUUCUUGGAAGCUCCAUUGAUUUAGUAGCUGCUCCAUCAUCUAGCUUGUGAAACCAUUCCAAACUAAUUUUUUAAAACCAUAACUGAUUUGUCAUUUUGUAUUUGUGAUAUAACAAGUCUAGAAGCUAGAACUGUUGUCAUUCACAUAAUAAGAUUACUCUGUCUCCUUGGGAAAAAAACUUUAUGGAGGCUGUUUGUCCUCUCAAUAUGGUUUUAAGAUUGAAAGUAAGAAAACGGAUUUAGGAUGAAAACUCUAGAACUACCCUAUGCUGUUUAUACUGGGAAAUGCUUUGUACCAAGUAGCAGUGACUAGACCCACAGACAUGAAAAGCAACCUUAGGAGUAAAGUGACCCAAACAUUAAAAUGACAAGAAAGAGAAAGUAGAAGCAGCAAUAAAUACUGCCCCAACUUUCCUGGAGCCCGAGGCCUCAUCCAUAGCUAUGAUCACUUGCCCUCUGAAGCUUAUUUUUGCUUCUUUGGUUUUAAGAAUUGAGAAAUAUCACAUUGCCCCUGAUGUUUUGACAGUCUCUUAGUGCUCCUGGUAGUGCCACUAAGGGAAAACCAAGGUGCGCAUUCCUUCUCCCUGGACUUUACCUUACUUGUUAGUCUAUGCCCCACUGUUUUCACCCAUCCCCUUAGCCAACCUCUGUCUUUUUGAAUUUUCUGAGAAUAUUGUCCUAUCCUCUUUUAUAUAUGGAGUUCUCUCCUCUUUAUAUCCUGAGACUUUGACACCAGAUGUAGAUAUUUAUCUGGAGCUGGAAAGAAAAAUUCUUUUUCUGUACCUCAUGCCUAUCUGGUAAUGUUUAAUGGGUUAUUUCUCUUUGAGGGUGGCUUUCUCUGGAACAUUGGUUAGAGCAGCUUUGUUGUCGUGUUUCUGGAUUCUCUUCCCCAUUUUGCGUAAAUAUUGGUCUUAUAUAUUCUUGCCUAUUUUGUGGCAUAUGCCACAUAAAAAAUGAACCCUGAUAUAGACAAGUACUACCUUUUCAAAUUCUGAAAGGCUAUUACCACUUUAACUCUUUGUGCUCCUCCAAAUAGCUUUAAAAUGUGGGCUUUUGUGAAGACCACUUUCAAACAAGGGAGCACUGAAACCUGAAUUGGAUACUGCCAGAAUAGGUAGUUUUGAAACAAGUUAAGGACAUGGUAUAUGCACUCUGCAUUUUCAUUGGCAGUGUGCCCUUAAAGCCCUUUCAGUAGAUGAGGGUUGUCAGGGAGGAGAAAUGAAGAAGCUAUGUUAAUUUCUGGUGAGUAAGACCUGGGGAAUGUUUGGCAGUGACAAAAGAAAUAAAUGACUCUCAGAAA